AUGGACUCCUCUCCUGCUACUUUGGACCUCGACAAGGGCCAAAGCCACUGCGGUAACAGUGUCGUCGUCUUCGACCCCUCUGUCCUACAGAAUCAAUCCAAGAUACCCGAAGCAUUCAUCUGGCCUCGCUGCGAGAGGCCGCACCAACCGGAAGAGCUCGAGGUGCCGGUGGUGGACCUUAAGGGAUUCCUCGAGGGCGACGCGGCCUCGACCAGCCGCACGGCCGCGGCCAUCCGCGGCGCCUGCGCCAGCCACGGGUUCUUCCAGGUGAUGAACCACAAGGUCGACGCGGCGGCGUUGCACGACGCCCUCCGCGUCGCCGAUGAGUUCUUCGAGCUCCCCCUGAGCACCAAACUGAGGGCCCGGCGGCGGCCCGGGAGCACGUGGGGCUACGUCGGAGCCCACGCGGAUCGCUUCGCCUCCAUGCUGCCGUGGAAGGAGACGCUAUCGUUCGCCUACGACUACAACGGGAACAGGGAUGGCGUGGUGGACUACAUCACGUCCAAGCUUGGGGAAGAAUUCCAACCGAUGGGGAGGGUGCACCGAAGGUACUGCGCGGCCAUGAAGGAUCUGUCGCUGUCGAUAAUGGAGCUGCUGGGGAUCAGCCUGGGGAUGGGAAGGGACUACUACAGGAACUUCUUCGAGGACGGGAGCUCCAUCAUGAGGUGCAACAACUACCCGCCGUGCCAGGAGCCGGAGCUGACGCUGGGGACGGGCCCGCACAGCGAUCCCACCGCCCUCACCAUUCUGCAUCAGGACCAAGUGGCCGGGCUGCAGGUGUUCGCGGAAGGGAAAUGGCGGUCCGUGAGCCCCAUCGCCGGUGCCCUGGUCAUUAACAUAGGCGACACCUUCAUGGCUUUGACAAACGGGAGGUACAAGAGCUGCCUCCACCGGGCGGUGGUGAACAGGGACAGAAGGCGGCGGUCGUUGGCCUUCUUCGUGUGUCCGCAGGCUGACAAGGUGGUGCGGCCGGCGAAGGAGUUGCUGGUCGGUCGCGACGGCGGCGGCGGCAGCGGCGGCGUGCCGAGGAAGUACCCGGACUUUACAUGGGCGGAGCUGCUGGAGUUCACACAGAGCCACUACAGGACCGACGCCUCGACACUGCAAAACUUCACCCACCGGUUUCUCACCUACUCAAUUCAUCUCUAUCUCUCCUCCAACAAUAAUAGCAACAAUAAGGCCAUAAAGACGGGGAUGAACAAAGAUGCGUCGCAGAUGGAAGUGUCUUGA